AUGAUAAAUAUAUAUAUUAUAUUUAUAUUCAUAAUUUUUUCUUUAAAUGGAGAAUUUCAAAGAUAAUAUAAUAAUCAGGAACCAAUCUAUCUCUUAUUGAUUUAGAAUUUAAGUAUAUUUAUAUACUUUAAUUUUAGGCAAAUAGAAAAUUUACAGGAAUUGUUUCCAUUUCUUAUAUAAUAUAAGAAUCUCAAGGAAGUAAGAAAUUUGUAUAAUUAUAGUUAAAUUUAAAUGGAAAUAGAUUAAGAAAUUUAUCAGAUGAUUUAUCUUAAUUAAAAAGUCUGGAAACAUUAGAUAUAACCAAUAAUAUGUUUCAAAUGUAAUAUUUUAUUUUUAAUUUAGUAACAAUGAUAAGUAGUUAAAUCAUAAAAAACAUUCCCUUAAUUAAAUCAUUUGGAAAUAGCAUUAAAAUCUAAAGAAGAGGAAGAAAUUAUAAUUGAAAAUUUUCCAUAAUUAUGGAUGUUAAACUAAUAAGCUAUUAAAAUUGAGGACCAUUUUGAAUAAUAAAGUGAUAUGCAAUCAGAAAGAUCAGUAUUAGGUUUAGAAAUAACAUUACAAUAAGAAGAUCUAGAAUUGAUGGCUGUAUAGAGUUAUAUUAAAAAUUAGUUGUUACAUGACAGCAUAAAAGAGUUGAGAAAGGCAGAUAGAGAAUCAAAAAAUAAAUUUUAUCAAUUUUUGAGAACUCUAUCUAAACUGUAAUGAAAGAAUUAUUGAUUAAGUUAGCAUAAAAAGUGAAAGUUUUAAUUAUAUUCAAUAAUAGGCCAAAUACAAUUUAUAUGAAGUCUGUUUUUAAUUGUUUAUAAGAUACUUCAGAUAAAAAAUUAGAGUAAAUAAUAAUAAAAUUGCAUGAUUAACAUCAAUAAAUAUUUGCAAACAUGUCUAAUAUUAGGAUAAUUAAUAAAUAUAAUUAAUAGAUAAAAAAUAAUUAGAAAUAAAAUAAUGGUAAUUAAAAUAAGAUAAGGGAACAGAAUAAAGACUUAGGUAAGAGCAUUAAGAAUUGUAAUCUUAUACAAGUGAAAUUGAAUAAGAAAAUAAAUCUUAUUUAGAAUUAUUAAUUAAAUUUGGAAAAGGUGAAUAGAUACAAUUAAAUUCAAUUAAAAAGAAUAGUAAUCAUGAGGUAAAGGCUGAAUUUUAAAAUUUUGAUUAUAUCAUCUUAAUUAAUACAAUAGAAUAAUAAUAAUAAUGAUAAAGAAUUUGCUCUAAAUUUAAUUAAGCCAUAAUAGUGUUAAUAUGCAUAUAUUUAAAAUAAGAUUAAUUAAUAGCAUUUAAGCUCCAUAAAUGGUUAAGCAUUAACUUUAAAGUAAUUUAAAGAUUUAAUAUUGGAAAUAUAUGAAAGUAAAUUGAAACUUGAUUAAAGAUACUCUGAUUCUCAUUUACCAAGAGAGACCACGGAAUAGCAUAAGUAUGCAUUAUUAAAUUAGAAAUAUGGUUUAAAGAGUUUAAUACUUGAAUGGGUUUCUUAUAUAAUAAAUGCAUUAAAAGAUAUGGAAAUGAAGAAAAUGAUGUUGCAAUGUUUGGUAAAAUCUUAAGAAAUGAAUGUGAUGAAGAAUUUAGAUUCAUUUAAGAUAAAGUUAAGAAUAUAAUUUUGGAAUUAUUGA